CCGUCAACAACUGAAAGAAUAAAAACAAUUCUAGUUCAUGAAAACACAUCAAACUAAAUCUGACGAAAAUAUUAUAGCAACAGUUAAAUUAUUCUAUAUAAGUUAAUUCCAUCCGAAACGGAAAUUUCUUGCCGUAAAAUUUUGUGUAAAAAAUUCAAUGUCGGUGUGUACGAUCGUGUGGUUUUAAAUUGGAUUUUUAUAAAACAUAAAAAGGACAAUAAAAUCAGUUUGUGUUAAGUGCAUACCAAGAUAAAAUUAAAGGUGCAAAAAAUCCUGAAGCUGCUCGCUGAGUGAUUUAUUGUUUGAAGAUUUUUCCAAAAAGAGAAGCCAUUCUUGGCGAUCGAGCAAUUAGCCAAAAACAACAACCUAUCAUAAAAUGAAAAUGUGCAGGAGGGAAUGGUUGGCGCUGCAUUUCGUUUUUCUGGCGGUUCAUUCAGUUACAUGUGCUCCUUUGCCGAAUGAGCGUACAAAUGACGACCCUGCUACCUCAAACUCUAAUAGCAGGAAAGCAAAAUCUCUGUUCUUCGAUUUCCCUUUAGCUUCAUAUCGCACGAAUAAUGAAUAUGAAGAAUCCCCCUUAGAUUACGAUGCAUUACUGAUGUCUUCACAUCAGCAAGUGGAUGACAUCGAUGAUCCAGAAGAUCUAUCCAGGAGUGCUCCGUCCAGAAAACGAUAUCAGAACAAUGGAAAUUUUCCGAAUAGUCCUAUCUACUACAUCAGACUUCCUGCAACUCCAUAUAUGUUUGUUCCCGGUUUAGGAUAUGUUUCUAAUCCACCCACGAUGAAUCAGUUGGGAGCAGGUGCGUUACCUCCACCACCAGACCCGUUCAUUAACUUACCUGUCAACUUUAUGUCAAACGGAAAACCAACUAAUAUUUACCAAUGGCCAGAUCCAUUUGUCCCAACAGCCAAUAGACCAUUCCAACAGCAGCAUCAGCCGCAGUUCCAGAUUCAAAAAUAUCAACAACAGAACGGAUUUUCUCAAUUCCAAGCUCCAUCUUACCAACAAAAUGCAAUUCCUCAGCCGAUCAAGAAAACGCCCAAACCAUCCAAUAGCGACUCCAAAGUGACGCACCUGAAGGGUCCUUUCCCGUUCAACGGUCGUCCCACGGACAUCAUUGUUUUAAGGGAUUCCUACAACGCUCUCUACUCGGACGCCCUUACCAACUUCUACCCUUAAUUUUCUUUCAAAUUUAAUUUUGAACGUUCUAAUAGUGAUAAUAAUUUAAAUUGCGUCAAUGGGUUGCAUCGUGUCAAUUGUGGGUGCAUAUUGUGUUUAUGAAGGUUCUACUGCCGCAGUUUUAUGAAGUAAUUUCAACAUAU